AUGGAUGACAGUGAAGAGGACCAGAGGCUUCCUCAUCAUCGCGAGCCCAAAGAAUUCAUUCCUCUCGACAAACUUUCAGAGCUAGGAAUAUUAAGCUGGCGCCUAAAUGCUGGUGAUUGGGAGAAUGAUGAGAACCUCAAGAAAAUUCGUGAAGCCAGGGGUUACUCUUACAUGGACAUUUGUGAUGUGUGCCCAGAGAAGUUGCCAAAUUACGAGGCUAAGAUAAAGAAUUUCUUUGAAGAACACUUGCAUACUGAUGAAGAGAUACGAUAUUGUCUUGAGGGUAGCGGCUACUUUGAUGUGAGGGACCAAAAUGAUCAGUGGAUCCGUGUAGCAGUGAAGAAAGGGGGCAUGAUUGUGUUGCCUGCAGGAAUGUAUCACCGCUUUACAUUGGAUACCGACAACUACAUCAAGGCAAUGCGGCUCUUUGUGGGUGAGCCUGUCUGGACGCCAUACAAUCGUCCCCAUGACCAUCUCCCGGCUAGGAAGGAGUAUGUUGAGAAAAUCAUCAACCGAGGUGGAAACCAAGCCGUCGAAGCUCGUUGA